AUGGAGCUGAGGAACCCCAUCCCCAUCCCUUGCAACCAUCAGCGCCAUGGGUCAGGGGUGGCUUUGGUUGCACCGGAUGCCCCUAAACCCCCUUUCCCCCCACCCCAAUGCUCGACCCCAGCAGGGAACUCCAGCUCGGCCGCCCUACGCCUGAUGGACGGGCCCCAUGGCUGCGCCGGGAGGGUCGAGGUGCUCCAUGAAGGCCAAUGGGGGACGGUGUGCGACGACGGUUGGGACCUGACGGAUGCGGCCGUCGUUUGCCACCAGCUGGGCUGCGGCGGCGCCGAAGCGGCCCCGCUCCAGGCCCGCUUCAAGCAAGGCACCGGGCCCAUCUGGUUGGAUGAUGUGGCCUGCACCGGUAGCGAAGUGGAGCUGGCCCAGUGCCACGCCAGGCCCUGGGGGCAGAACAACUGCAACCAUGGGGAGGAUGCUGGGGUGGUGUGUUCAGGCUCCGCCCCCAACACCCCCUCUAUACGGCUCAUGAAUGGCCCUCACCGUUGCGCCGGGCGCGUCGAGGUGCUCCACGCCGGCCAAUGGGGGACCGUGUGCGACGACGCCUGGGACCUGAGCGACGCCGACGUCGUUUGCCGGCAGCUGGGAUGCGGAAGAGCCCGGGAAGCCCCCGGGCGCGCUCGGUUCGGCCAAGGCACCGGGCACAUCUGGUUGGAUGACGUGGGCUGCACCGGCGCCGAGGAGGCGCUCGCCCAGUGCCAAAGCCACCCCUGGGGACGCGGUAACUGCCACCACGGCGAGGAUGCUGGCGUCGUGUGCUCAGACGCCAACACCACGUCCGCGGCGCGGAUCCGCUUGGCCGACGGCCCCAACCGCUGCGCCGGGCGGGUGGAGGUGGAGCACGAGCACCAAUGGGGCACCAUCUGCGACGAUGGCUGGGACCUGGCCGAUGCUAAAGUGACCUGCAGGCAGCUGGGCUGCGGCACGGCCCUGGCGGCACCGGGCCACGCUCGCUUCGGCGCCGGCGCUGACCCCAUCUGGUUGGAUAACGUGGGGUGCGCCGGCACCGAGAGCGCCUUGAGCCAAUGCGACCACAGCACUUGGGGGCUCCAUAACUGCAACCACAAUGAGGACGCCGGGGUCGUGUGCUCAGGCCCCAACCCCUUGCAGCUGCGGGUGCAGGAGGGCCCCGGGCCCUGCGGGGGGCGCCUGGAGGUGCUCUACAACGGGACCUGGCUCGGGGUGUGCGGCACCGGCUGGAGCCUGCUGGAGGCUGCCGUGGUCUGCAGGCAGCUGGGCUGCGGGGAGGCCCAGGCAGCACCCAUGGGUGCCCCCCUGCACCAGGAGCACGGGGGGGCCCUGCUGGAGGGGCUCAGCUGCCGCGGCACCGAGGCGCUGCUCAUUGAGUGCCAACAGAGGGGCACGGCGCCGGGGCCGUGCCCAUUGGGGCCGGUGGCCACCGUGGCGUGCGCCGAGCCCAAGGGAGCUCCCUCAUCCUGCUCGGCGCUCAUCGUGCUCCUGGUGCUGGUGAUGCUGCUCAGUGGGGUCCUGCUCUGGCUCUUCCUCAAGAGGAGAUGCAUUGAAACAGCCCAAGCUGGAGCCCACCAGCGCCUUAGGGACCAGGAUGCUCCUUCCGCCUCCUUCCAACCCAUGGGGGCCAUCUACCUGCCCCACACAGCACAAGGCCCCAUGGAGGACACGGAGAUGAUGCAGCUCAUGGAGGAAGAUGCUGCCCAAUGAUGCUCAAU